GUCUCAGGGUUCUGAAGAGAAGUGGUUAGUUCAAUAGUUUUCAACUGAGCUCUGGAAGCAGAACUUUCAGCUAUGAAGGUAACAAGCGUCUUUCUUCUCAGUGCGUUGGCCCUGUUGAGCUUAUCUGGUAAAACCAGAGCCAAUACCAUGCUGCAGAGACAGGCUAACUGUAACCUUAAGGUGAACGGAUGUAACAAGAUCUAUAAUCCUAUCUGCGGGAGUGAUGGAAUUACCUAUGCUAAUGAAUGCUUGCUAUGUCUUGAAAAUAAGAAACGACAAACCUCUAUCUUGGUUGAAAAAUCUGGGCCUUGUUGAUAACCAAGAUUCUAAAAUACCCUGUGGUUACUACAAUGCCUAGUGGGCCUGACUGUUGAAUAAAGUGCAUCUAAAUACU